AUGGAAGACUAUGUGGCUCUCAUCCUCAACCCAGUGGUCAGUCGAAUUGGAUGCGCGUCUAUGGCUGAGAUUUGCCACGUGAAAGUGUGGGAUUGUGUUCAAGAAAUCACUCACGUCGAGACAUUGGAUGUGGACACCAUCUGCCUUCUCAACUUCUCUGAAGACCCGAGACGUGUUGAAAGAAACUACGGACAUGUUGGAAGCCAGUGCCCAAAGGAAAGUGAAGAUGGACUAUGCCUCCCAAUGGAACAGGGAACUUGCAAGCACUGA